AUGUUCACCAAGAAUAUCAUCCUCGCCGCCGCUCUCGUUGGCCAAGCUUACGGUUUGACUAUCAACACCCCUGCAUCUCUUGUUCAAUGUCAACCUGCCUCCAUCACUUUCUCUGAUGGUCAAUCACCUUAUAUUCUUGCUGUCAUUCCCGGUGGUCAAGUUUCCGCUGCCGCCAUUGAGACCAUCAAUGAUAGUCUUACCGCUUCCCCCGUAACAUGGAACGUCAACCUCGCUGCCGGUACCUCUAUUACCCUUAAGAUCACCGACUCCGCAGGUACCAUUGCAUACUCUUCUCCUUUGACCAUCCAAGCUGGUUCUUCAUCCUCUUGUUUGAACUCCACCGCAGCAACCAGCGGUGUCUCGACCGGUGCCAUCACCACCACUGUCGCUUCUGCUUCCGGAACAGCCAGUGCCCAAUCUGGAAACGGAGCUUCCACCACCUCCAUGACCUCUGUAAUGGCAUCAUCCGCUGCCGCUUCUUCAGCUGCCUCGUCCGCUGCUGCCUCUUCCGCCGCCGCUUCUUCAGCUGCUGCUAGCAAGGCUUCUUCUGCCGCUGGUUCCGCCACUGCUGCUGUCGGCUCUGCCGCUGCCUCUGCUACCUCCGCAGCUGCUUCAGCCGCCGCUUCCGCCGCCUCAGGUGCCCUUGCCAACAAGGCUGUUGCCCUCCCUGCCGUUGCCCUCGCUAUCGUCGGUGGUCUCGCCAUGCUCCUUUAG